AUGUUCUUUGCACGUAGCGAUGAGUGGGCGUCAGAGAAAAAAGGAAAAAAAAGCAGCCUUGGAGAUACCAGGCGUGAAGAACAAAGCACUGACAAACCACUUGUUUCUCUUCCAUCUGAUGAACUUCAAGACCAAAUGACACUUCUUUCUUUACCGCCUGAUGUAGCAUCUAAUCAUUAUGAACAUCAAGAACCAACAAUCAGCCAAAUGAUAUCUUCCCCUUCUUUGCUGUCCAAUAUACCAACUACUAAUCAUACACCUGAUAUAGAAGAAUCGAGCAUUGAUAAAACACCACUUCCUCUUCCUCCUCCACUUGAUUUAGGACUCUUUAAUGAACGACUUGAUAUCUGUGAGAUCAUCUUGCCAAAUUUAGUAACUGAAUAUAGUUCUGAAGAUCAUAUUCACCUUAUAACCAAAAACACUUUACCAUGCCAAACUGAAAUGAAACAGCAAACUAUAGAAGAAAGUAUUGUGACAACAAAAUCUCUUUCAAAAGAUAAACAAGAACUAGCUUUACAACCAUUUACCUUGCUAGAUAACAAGAAAUUCAAGGCCUUUUGCAUUAUAUUGUGUCCUCGAUAUAAAGUUCCUUGUGAUAAUACAAUCAAAAUUAUGAUUGCUCAAAGUGUUGAGUUUUCACGUCUGACAUACUUGACAAAUCCAUGA